CCACCCCUCCCCCGGCGAUAUAACUGGAGCCGCCGUCGACCCGCGGUCCGCACCUGAGUGUCCUCCUGGCCUUUUGCCUUCCUGCUCGGACAGCAUGAGCUUCACCACCCACUCCACCACCUUCUCCACCAACUACCGGUCCCUGGGCUCCGCGAGGUCCCUGGGCAGCCAGCGCGUCCGGCCGGUCAGCAGCGCGGCCAGCGUCUAUGCAGGCGCCGGGGGCUCGGGCUCCAGGAUCUCCGUGUCCCGCUCCACCAGCUACCGGGGCGGCUGGGGGUCCGGAGGUCUGGCUGGGGGAGUGGCCGGGGGCCUGACAGCCAUGGGGGGCAUCCAGAGCGAGAAGGAGACCAUGCAAGAUCUGAACGACCGCCUGGCCUCCUACCUGGACAAGGUGAGGAGCCUGGAGACAGAGAACCGACGGCUGGAAAGCAAGAUCCGGGAACACUUGGAGAAGCAGGGCCCCAAAGUCAGAGACUGGGGACACUACUUCAAGACCAUCGAGGAGCUGAGAGCUCAGAUUUUUGCCAGCUCUGUGGACAAUGCCCGCAUCGUGCUACAGAUCGACAAUGCCCGCCUUGCUGCCGAUGACUUCAGAGUCAAGUAUGAGACGGAGCUGGCCAUGCGCCAGUCGGUGGAAAGUGACAUCCAUGGGCUCCGCAAGGUCAUCGAUGACACCAACAUCACAAGGCUGCAGCUGGAGACAGAAAUCGAGGCUCUGAAGGAGGAGUUGCUCUUCAUGAAGAAGAACCACGAGGAGGAGGUCAAAGGUCUGCAAGCCCAGAUUGCCAGUUCUGGGCUGACGGUGGAAGUUGACGCCCCCAAAUCCCAGGACCUUGGCAAGAUCAUGGCUGACAUCCGGGCCCAGUACGACGAGCUGGCUCAGAAGAACCGCGAGGAGCUGGACAAGUACUGGUCCCAGCAGAUUGAGGAGAGCACCACCAUCGUCACCUCGCAGUCGGCUGAAGUCAGUGCAGCUGAGCUGACACUCACAGACCUGCGACGCACCUUCCAGUCCUUGGAGAUUGACUUGGAGUCCAUGAAGAACCUGAAGGCCAGCUUAGAGAGCAACCUGCAGGAUGUGGAGGCCCGCUACGCCAUGCAGAUGGAGCAGCUCAAUGGGGUCUUGCUACACCUGGAGUCAGAGCUGGCACAGACCCGGGCAGAGGGGCAGCGCCAGGCCCAGGAGUACGAGUCUCUGCUGAACAUCAAGGUCAAACUGGAGGCUGAAAUCGCCACCUACCGCCGCCUGCUGGAGGACGGGGAGGACUUCAGCCUCAGCGAUGCCCUGGACAGCAGUAACUCCAUGCAAACCAUCCAGAAGACAACCACCCGCAGGAUUGUGGACGGCAAGGUGGUGUCUGAGACCAACGACACCAAAGUGCUGAGGCGCUGAGGCAGCGCAAGCAGCAUGCCCUUUGGGGGAGCAAGUAAGAGGUCAAUAAAAGUUGAGAGGCCCCUGGA